AUGGAAGGAAUGUCUGAGGAGAUGAGAUUUAAGUUGAAGAUGAGGGUAAUGGAUCUGGAAGCCGAGAAGAAGAGAGAAUUGAGAAGGUUUCAGUUGGAAGCCGAAGCAGAGGAAAGGAGACUGAAGGCUGAGGGGAUUAGAGAAGCCAAGAGGUUUGAAGCCGAGAGGCUUGAGGCUGAGAGAGAAGCCAAGAGGCUUGAGGCCGAGAGGGAAGCCAAGAGGCUUGAGGACGAGAGGGAAGCCAAGAGGCUUGAGAACAAAAGAGAGAAGGAAAUGAGGUUGAUUGAGGCCGAGGAGAAGGUGAGAAUCUAUGAGAAAGAAAUGAAAAUACUUGAGGCCAAGAAAGAGAAGGAAGAGGCUGAGAAGAACAGAAUAUUUGAGUUGGAGAAGACUCGGUUUGAAGUUAAUUCACCUCAUGGUUUGAUGGGAGGAGGAGUGAGAGAGGACACAGCCAGAUUGUGA